CUGGGACGGUGGGUGCGUGCGGUGCAAACAUAGAGAGCGUAUUCCGUGCACUAUCCUGCAAGAUGUUACCCAAAUACUUUGCGCCCGACAUGUAUAAGUAACGACAGGUGUCGGAGUGAGUGAUCGGGCAGCGAAGGCUCGGGCCGAAAUGGUCCCGGAAUAGUGAGCUGUGCGUGAGAGUGUGUUUUCAUCGAGUAGUGCGUCGCACUGGCUUUCUCGCUGCUGUCACAGUUUGUUAAUACCUGUGCCAUUCGGGAAACUCGGCUUUGGGUCAGAUCACAGACGGCCUCUGGAUUCCUCGCGACACCCUCCCGUCACCAUCUACGAUGAGUUCGCGCAACAUACCCUCCGACAAGAUAAAUCUACGCCUCAUUCUUGUCAGCGGUAAGACAAAAGAGUUCCUAUUCAGUCCAAGCGACUCCGCGGGGGACAUAGCGCACCAUGUGUUUGAGAACUGGCCGGAAGACUGGGCGGAAGAGGCGGUCGCCAAAGCGGAGAUCCUGCGGUUAAUCUACCAGGGACGUUUUCUGCACAGCAAUGUCACGCUCGGUGCUCUUGGGCUUCCUUUCGGGAAAACCACGGUGAUGCAUCUGGUCCCGCGAGAGAAUCUUCCCGAGCCUAAUUCUCAAGAUCAGAGGCAAAAGAGUAAAGGCGGCGGAAGUAGUUGCUGCUCAGCUUCCUGUUGCAUAGUUUAAAAGAGAAAAACAAACAAACAAACAAAAAGAAAAACUCGCCCCCCCCGGCUGCCCUGGAUCACGUGGAGGCGGUGUCUGUGCAACGCGAUGACCAGCGACAAGCGCCACGCGCGUUCAGGCUGAGCCAUGGUUUCUAAGGUUUUAUGCUGGUGUAUAAUUGUUAGUGGCUGAGCUCGUGAGCAGUGUAGCAAAAACAAAAAAGAAAAAAAAAAGAUCGACGAACAUAAAAGAAAAAUGAAACGAAAGGAAACGAAAAUGAAAGAAUGAGCAAUGAUGUCGUAAUAAUUACCGUUCGUCGUCGUCGAUCGCGGGGAAAAACGUGGUCAUUGUCGGUCGUGACCUCCGCAGCAGGCAUCUGGGAACCGGAAACAGAGGAAAACGAUCCACCAAAAUCCCUGGUGAACGACUCGAUCGUCAUCCAUCCGUGGUUUCGGGGCGAGAAAUCGUGUAGGCAGGAUCUGUAUAUUGUUUAUCAUCGGCCACGUCGAUCCUGGGGAACGGACUAUCGAUGUCGCCGGUGUCCAGUCACAAAUAUAUAAGGACACACGCAACAUUCACAAACAUACACACACAGAGCACAAGUAGCACACACACAUACACACACACACAGUUGAUCCAGUGUUCUACAAGGUGGCGAAGGUUUGUGCACACAUGGCAGGAUCGGUGUGCGCGAUCCACGCCACGUUAACACCAAACCUACCGAACCGUUCAAAAAGAUAGGAAUUAGAACGGCAAAAUCGGUUAUUUGACCGGUGAUGGUAGGUUUAGCGUUGAGAGAAUCGAUGAUCGCGACAAAAGGGAUGACGAUCGUUUCGUUGAUAAUCGACGACGUGUAUGACGGACGUUCGACGGCGUUCGACGGUCGGGACGUGUGACCACAAGCGACAUGGGACCUACCCCUGGCCCACAAGAAUUUUACAGCGUGUCACGCGAUCCCGAUCUCUGCUUUUCAUAUCCGGGGAGGGGGGCGUGAGACACGCAUCCCGUCGUCGUACGUUCCCCCGUCCACGCGUCGAAAUCUCCCGCGGACACAGGAUGAUGGACGAGG